AGAGAGAGAGAGAGAGAGAGAGAGCAGACGCUGCUGUAGCCUCCGCUUCCUCAAACUCCUCCGGAUCAGACCAUCUCUCUCUCGCGGGGGUCGCUGCUCACAGCCGGCUCACUUCCCCACGUCUGCACGGCUCAAGAGUGCACGAGCCACACUGUGUGGUGUUUGUAAAGUGAGCGCUGUGAGCACGGUGCACCGAGUCUGUGUCACGCAGCGGUGCUGGAGACGUCACACUGAAAGAUUCCCCCGCCUUCACCGUUCCUUCUGCUUUAGUACGAUCUCCGGGCUUCCAGCCGUCCAAGGCGCUGAGAGAUGUCUUGAAUGCAGCGAUUGGCCUGCAUGUGUUUCGUCUGCAUGCGAGAGGCACUCAGGUGAGCAGUUUCCUGCAAACAGUGGCUGCAAUAAGAUAUGUGUCACAAAGAUGUCCACUCGCAGCGGUCAGGGAUCAGACUCGCUCAUCAAGCCCCUGGACACUAUCCCUGAGGACCGUAAGGUGCAGCGGACGCAGAGCGGCUUCGACCCCUUCGAGAAACCGGCCGGUCAGGUGAAGCGUGUGCACUCGGAGAACAACGCCUGCAUCAACGCCAAGAGCUCGUCCUCCGGGAAAGAGUCUCCCAAACUCCGGCGUCACUCCAGCCCCAGCUCCCCCACGAGCCCAAAGUUCGGGAAGGCAGAUUCGUACGAGAAGCUGGAGAAGCUCGGCGAGGGAUCCUACGCCACCGUCUACAAAGGGAAGAGCAAGGUGAACGGGAAGCUGGUUGCGUUGAAAGUGAUUCGUCUUCAGGAAGAGGAAGGAACGCCGUUCACUGCGAUUAGAGAAGCGUCUCUGCUGAAAGGCCUGAAACACACCAACAUCGUUCUGCUCCACGACAUCAUUCACACCAAGGAAACCCUGACGCUGGUCUUCGAGUAUGUGCACACAGAUCUGUGUCAGUACAUGGACAAACAUCCCGGUGGUCUCCAUCCAGACAACGUCAGGCUCUUCCUGUUCCAGUUACUGAGGGGUUUGUCUUACACGCAUCAGCGCUACAUCCUUCACCGAGACCUGAAGCCUCAGAACCUGCUCAUCAGUGACACCGGAGAACUCAAACUGGCCGACUUCGGUCUGGCCCGGGCGAAGUCGGUCCCCAGUCACACGUACUCUAACGAGGUGGUGACGCUCUGGUAUCGUCCUCCAGACGUGCUCCUGGGAUCCACAGAUUACUCCACCUGUCUGGACAUGUGGGGCGUCGGAUGCAUCUUCGUGGAAAUGAUCCAGGGAGCGGCGGCAUUCCCGGGCAUGAAGGACAUUCAGGAUCAGCUGGAGAGGAUAUUCCUGGUUUUGGGGACGCCAUCGGAGGAAACUUGGCCAGGUGUUCACUCCCUUCCACAUUUCAAACCAGAUCGAUUCACUGUCUAUAGUCCCAAGAAACUCAGACAAGCCUGGAAUAAGCUGGGUUAUGUAGAUCAUGCUGAAGAACUGGCUUCCAGAUUUCUCCAGUGCUUCCCAAAGAACCGUCUCUCAGCUCAAGCGGCGCUUCAUCACGAGUUCUUCAGCCAUCUGCCCCCGAGACUCUGGGAGCUGCCUGACAUGUCUUCAAUCUUCAGCGUUCCUAGCGUUAAGUUACAGCCGGAGUCUGGCGACAGCAUCCAGGUGUGCAGCAAGAGCAAAGCCACGUCUAACAGCAAACACUGACCGCCGAGAGCCGAACAGGUUGGCUCUGUCAGCUGUCAUGAAAAAGACA